AUGCUAAAGGCUAUUAACCAUACCAUCAUUUCCUUGAUCCCAAAGGUCCCAUGUCCCACUAACAUCAAGCAAUACAGACCCAUUAGCCUCUGUAAUGUGAUUUACAAAGUUAUUGCCAAAAUCCUAGUCAACAGGCUCAAGCCUAUUCUGCAUCAUUGCAUUAGCAUUAAUCAGUCUGCUUUUAUCCCUGGGAGACACAUUCUAGAUAACAUCAUUAUCUCUCAUGAGUAUUUGCAUCAUCUCAAAAAUAAAAGAUACGGUAAGGAUGCAUUUAUGGCUGUAAAACUUGAUAUGUCGAAGGCUUAUGACAGAGUUGAAUGGCAAUUUUUGCAAGAUAUAAUGGGAAAAAUGGGAUUUUGUGAGAAAUGGAUAACAUGGAUAAUGAAGUGCAUAAAUACAGUCUCCUUCUCUUUUAACAUCAAUGGAGAGUGUAAGGAAUACAUUGUACCUGAAAGAGGAUUAAGGCAAGGUGAUCCUCUAUCACCUUAUUUAUUCCUCUUAUGCUCAGAAGGCUUCUCUAGCCUACUGAAGAAAGCAGCGCAGACAAAAAGCAUGGCAGGCAUGAAGAUAAGCAGACAUGGCCCUUCUAUAACCCACCUUUUCUUUGCGGAUGACUCCUUGAUCUUCUGCAAAGCCAACUCUAAAGAAGCAAAGGAGCUGAAGAGGAUACUAGAGGUAUAUGAACAAGAAUCUGGCCAGAUGGUUAACUUAGACAAGUCCAGUGUGUUUUUUAGCAAAAAUGUGGAUGUGGCAACAAAGGAGGAAGUGUGCAUGGAACUAGGAGGGAUUCAACCAGUAUCGCAAGGGAAAUACUUAGGGCUGCCUAUGGUGAUUUCAAGGUCUAAGGGACAACUGUUUGGUUACAUAAAGGAUAACAUCAAAAGAAGAAUGCUAAGCUGGAAAAACAAGCUGCUGAGCUCAGUUGGGAAAGAAGUUCUGAUCAAAGCUGUGGCAAUGGCAAUGCCUAAUUACACAAUGUCUUGCUUCAAACUACCUUGCAGGAUGUGCAAAGAGAUAAGCUCUAUGCUUUCCAAUUUCUGGUGGGGAGAAAAAGACAACAAGAAUAAGGUGCACUGGGUAGCUUGGAAGCAGCUGACAAGGGAGAAAAAACGAGGUGGUUCGGGAUUCCAGGACAUUCAAAGUUUCAAUAGAGCUCUGCUGGCUAAACAGAUUUGGAGAAUAAUCAAAAAUCCAAACCUGUUAUCCAGCAGAGUUCUGAAAAGCAAGUAUUUUCCAAAUUGCAGUGUCAUGGAUUCCAGAACCCCCAACAAUGCCUCAUGGUUUUGGCAAAGCAUUAUGAGUGCAAGAGAAGAGUUUCAAUGGGGAAUUCGAAAAAGGAUAGGGAAUGGCCUUUCUACUAGAAUCUGGGAUGAUCAAUGGAUUCCAAACCAACAUUUAGGAAGACCAAUCACAACUAAGCCAGAAGACUGCCAAGUUCAGAAAGUUGCUGAUUUGAUAGAAGGCUAUAGGUGGAACAGAAAUCUCAUUUUCAAAAACUUCAAAAAGGAGGAUGCUGAAAACAUUCUCAAGAUUCCCAUAAGCAUCACAGGAAGAGAGGACAAUAUCUUCUGGAUAGGAAAUCAGAUAGGGGAAUAUACAGUGCAAUCUGGCUACAAGGCAAUCCAAGCUAAGAAUGAACAGGAGGGCAGAGGGGAAAGAGAAGGAGUUGAGGCUAGCCAUAGAACAAGGAGGACUGACAUGUGGAGAGUGCUGUGGAAACUAAAAAUCAGUCACAAAGUUAAGCUCUUCAUAUGGAAAGGCCUGAAAGAAGCAAUUCCAAUCAAGGAAUUAAUAUGGAGGAGAAUGUCUAAAGGAGACCCUAUAUGCUCAGGUUGUGGAGAGGAGCUAGAAACAUUGGAACAUCUUCUGCUGAAGUGCAAGAAAGCUAAGGAGGUCUGGAAGUUUGCACCGAUACAAUGGGAUGGGAUCCAGGAGCUGACUGGGAAUUUCAACAGAUGGUGGGCUGCAUUAUCUGAAGCAAUUCAAAGAGAUCAAGGGAUAGACCAUAUAUCUCUCACAGCUUAUAUUCUAUGGCAUAUCUGGAAAAGCAGGAAUGAUAAAGAGUUUAACAACAAAACACAUGAGCCAGUACAAGUAAUCACCAAAGCCUGGAAUGCAUGGAUGGAGUUCAAUGAAGGGACAAAAAAGACUAGGAGCUGUAGUAUUGAAUCAACAACAGCUUCACUUCACAGGAAUGAACAAGAAGCGAGGCACAUUCCAGACAACAGAAUAGUAGGAAUGCAGUUAAGAAUAGCAACCAAGUGGGAUAAGGCAUCAAAGUCCAUUGGAUAUGGUAUUGUUGCAGCUGAUUGCAGAGGGCAGGAUGUGAUGGGAUGGAAAAUGAGAGAAAGAGAAAGCUCAAACCCAGUUCAACAUGAAGCUGAAGGUGUUAAAUGGGGCCUGAUCAAAGCAGCAGAACAAGGAUGGAGGCUGGUAUGUAUUGAUGUUCCUAAUUUGGACCUGCUGCAGCAAAUACAGGGAACAAAAACAGUUGGCUUGUGGUUAGCUACCCUAAUAGAGGACAUCCGCGAGCUAAGUAAGAUGUUUUACAAAUGCUCCUUUUGCAUAGGAAAAUAUAGAAGGAAUGAUCUAAGUUGUUUGUUUAGUGCUCAAGCUUUGAGCAAUUAUUUUGAUGAAGAAUGGGUUAACCCCAAUCUUUAG